AUGCUGGGGCUCCCGGGGCGGCGGCUCCCUUCGGCGGAGUUCCUGCUCCUGUUGCCAUUCCUGCUGCUGCUGCUGCUGCUGCCCGCCGCCCCCGCGCCCCAUCGGGCUGCCUACAAGCCGGUCAUCGUGGUGCACGGGCUCUUUGACAGUUCGUACAGCUUCCGCCACCUGCUGGAAUACAUCAAUGAGACACACCCUGGGACUGCGGUGACAGUGCUCGAUCUCUUCGAUGGGAGAGAGAGUUUGCGACCCCUGUGGGAACAGGUGCAAGGGUUCAGAGAGGCUGUGGCCCCCAUCAUGGCAAAGGCUCUUCAAGGGGUGCACCUCAUCUGCUACUCCCAAGGGGGCCUGGUGUGCCGGGCACUGCUGUCUGUGAUGGAUGAACACAACGUGGAUUCUUUCAUCUCUCUCUCCUCUCCACAGAUGGGACAGUAUGGAGACACAAACUAUUUGAAGUGGCUGUUCCCCACCUCCAUGAGGUCUAACCUCUACCGGAUCUGCUACAGCCCGUGGGGCCAGGAAUUCUCCAUCUGCAACUACUGGCACGACCCCCACCAUGAUGACUUGUACCUCAAUGCCAGCAGCUUCCUGGCCCUGAUCAAUGGGGAAAGAGACCAUCCCAAUGCCACUGCUUGGCGGAAGAACUUUCUGCGUUUGGGCCGCCUGGUGCUGAUUGGGGGCCCUGAUGAUGGUGUCAUUACUCCUUGGCAGUCCAGCUUCUUUGGUUUCUAUGAUGCAAAUGAGACAGUCUUAGAGAUGGAGAAGCAACUGGUUUAUCUGCGGGACUCUUUUGGGUUGAAGACUCUCCUGGCCCGGGGGGCCAUAGUGAGGUGUCCAAUGGCUGGCAUCUCCCACACGGCCUGGCACUCCAACCGUACCCUUUAUGAGACCUGCAUUGAACCUUGGCUCUCCUGA